UGUCAUCACAUUUGAUCACAUUCAUUCAUUUGCUUAGUGCGUCUCACGUGGGUUUUGUUAUUAUUUAAAAAUUCGUAGUUUGUUCUAAAAUAACCUUAUUAUAAUGAGUGAAGAAUUGAAACUUGAGUCCCUGGCUGUACAGCUUUUUGAAAUAAAUGCCGUGAAGUUUGGCGAAUACAAAUCUAAAAGUGGAAUAACUACACCGGUUUAUUUGGAUUUAAGGGUUAUAGUUAGUUAUCCUGAUGUGAUGCAAAUAAUAUCUCGCCUAAUAAGAGAUCAUGCCCUAGAAGGCAGUAAAUGUGAUCAUUUGUGUGGUGUACCUUACACAGCUUUGCCGAUAGCCACAUUGCUGAGUGUAGAGGCCAAGAUACCUAUGCUGAUGAGGCGUAAGGAGGCCAAAGCUUAUGGUACAAAGAAAAUGAUUGAAGGUCAUUACAAAGCGGGCCAGAAGUGCCUCAUUAUUGAAGAUGUAGUGACAUCAGGCUCCAGCGUGCUGGAAACUGUAAAAGACCUUCGUAGAGAAGGCUUGGUAGCCCAAGAAGCUAUUAUCAUCCUGGACCGAGAACAAGGUGGACGGGAGAACCUUGCUGCAAAUGAUGUAUCUGUAAAAUCAUUAUUCACGAUGACAAAUUUAAUUAAUAUAUUGCUGAAGAAUAAAAAGAUUGACAACAAUAUGGCUCUUAAGGUUCUAGAUUAUCUUCGAAAUACAAAAGCACCAACUUCAGAGAAACCUGAAGACCGCACACAACUCACAUUUGAGAAAAGGGCAGAAUUAGCAACCAAUGAAAUUGCUAAGCAGCUGUUUGAUGUUAUGGCAACAAAGAAAACCAAUCUUUGUGUGUCUGUUGACUUAACUACAACCACAUGUAUAUUGGAUUUGUUGGAAAAAGUUGGUGAACAUGUGUGCUUAGUGAAGACACAUGCUGAUAUUAUUGAAGACUUCAGUACGGACUUCAUAACCAGGCUUAAAAGUUUGGCAAAAAGAUUCAACUUUCUUAUAUUGGAAGAUAGAAAGUACGCAGAUAUUGGAAAUACUGUAUCUUUGCAGUAUGCAAAAGGAUUGCAUAAAGUUUCAGAGUGGGCUGAUUGUGUAACCGCACAUUCUUUGCCUGGAGAGGGAAUUCUUAAAGCCAUCAAUGGGGCAACCAACGGUGUCAGAAAAGGAGUAUUUUUAUUGGCAGAGAUGAGUAGUGAGGGAAAUCUUAUCACACCAGAGUACACAGAUAAAACAGUCAGUAUGGCUUCAAAUUUUCCAAGUUUGAUUUGUGGAUUUGUGUCUCAGAACAAAAACACUUUCAAUCAACCAGGUCUAAUACAAUUGACUCCAGGAGUGCAGCUGGAAAGCACCAAAGACGAUCUGGGCCAGGUGUACAACACUCCAGAGAAGGUAAUGCUGGAGAAAGGCGCAGACGUCGUGGUUGUGGGCCGAGGCAUUCUGUCUGCAAAGAACCCCGCUGCUGAGGCACUGGUCUAUAAAGAGGCUCUAUGGAAGAACUACCUCAAGAGAGUGUCUGGAAAAAUGGAAUUAUGAAAAGAGUAUAACAUUUUAAACUUUCGCGUUCCAUUUCAACUAAAAUAGUAAGACAGGGGUCUUAACGCGACGUUUAUUAAUGAGUUACAUUAUGUACUCACGGCUUGACGUUUCGGCUGCGAUGUUGUGCCGUGGUCACAAGCAGAUGGCCCACACAGAAUACCUCGGCUCACAACCACGACGUCUGCGCCUUUCUCCAGCAUUACUCUUUCACGCUAAAACUACCGAACGGAUUUCGACGAAACUUUACAAUAUUAUUGUUUAUAACCCAGAAUAACAUAUAGGCUAUAAUUUAUAACGAUAUGUGACAAACCAAAUUUCAAUAAAUAAAUAAGUCGUGAGAAAUAUGUACAAAAAAGCGCCAUUUAUAAACAUUGCUUUUGACGUUCGUAAAUAUUCACGCGGACGACGAAGCCGUGCAACGCCAUCUACAUCUAUCAAGCGCUGUGUACCAUUGCAUUGGUUAAAACGGGGUCCACGCGUACGAAGUCGCGGGCGGCCGCUAGUUUAAAUUAAUGAUAUCUGUGAUAAAAA